AUGCGUCGAGUGGUCGUGACUGGGCUUGGGGCCGUUACGCCUCUGGGGGUAGGCAUCCGGCGAACUUGGACCCGACUGCUCGCUGGCGACUCUGGUCUUGUCAGUGUCCGGGGUCUAAACCCUGCUGAUCAAUGGCGGGAGCAGACCAGCACUGUGGCAGGGCUUAUUCCUUCAGGUCCCCGACAGGAUGACUGCUGGGACCCCACAGAUUGGCUGAGAACUUCGGACCAGCGUCGCAUGUCAAAGUUUACCCAGUACGCCGUCGCUGCAAGCGACAUGGCCCUGGCUGACGCCGCACUGCUGCAUGAAGCCUCAGCUGAGGACCGUGAGGCUACCGGUGUCUGUCUGGGGAGCGGGAUAGGCAAUUUAGAGGACAUGUACAACACAAGCGUCGCUCAUCAUGAUGGGGGCUACAGGAAGGUCUCGCCGUUGUUUGUGCCCAAACUACUCAUCAACAUGGCAGCGGGCCACAUUGCCAUGCAACAUGGGUUCCGGGGCCCAAACCACGCCGCCACCACGGCCUGCACCACCGGCGCUCACUCCAUAGGCGAUGCAUCUCGGUUCAUUGCUUUAGGUGACGCUGAUAUUAUGGUGGCUGGCGGUUCGGAAUCCUGCAUUCACCCACUCACUUUUGCAGGAUUUGGCAGGGCCCGUUCCCUCUCUACUACUUUCAACGAAACCCCACAGGCGAGCUGCCGGCCAUUCGAUGCCCAGCGUGAUGGAUUCGUAAUUGCUGAAGGUGCCGCAGUCUGCGUACUGGAAGAGCUGGAGCAUGCAAGAGCAAGAGGAGCGCGCAUCUAUGCUGAGGUCAAAGGAUAUGGAUGCAGCGGUGAUGCUUACCACAUGACAGCGCCACGUGAGGAUGGGAGCGGAGCGUAUAUUGCCAUGAAACGGGCCUUAAAGAAUGCAAAACUUAAACCCUCCGAUAUCGACUAUAUCAACGCACAUGCAACUGCCACCCAGGUUGGAGACGUAGCCGAAGCUGCUGCCAUCCGUCAGUUGAUGCUUGGCGAGGACGGUGUCUCGUCCGAAUCACAAGUCACCGUGAGCAGCACGAAAGGCGCCAUGGGCCACCUCCUGGGUGCUGCUGGCGCUAUCGAAGCACUCUUUGCCAUACUUUCUAUUCACGAGGGUGCUGUACCACCAACUUUAAACCUGGAGAACCCUAAUGUAGGCUUCGACUUCAAUUUUGUACCUUUAGAAGCACAGGAUAAAAAGGUCCAGGUUGCAUUAACAAAUAGCUUUGGUUUUGGAGGCACCAAUAGCACCCUGGUGUUUUCCAAGCUUUCAUAG